UCUCAGCGAUUGUCAAAACAAGUAAUUCGGACUGCGUCCAUGUUAGAGAAGAUUCUGCUAAAAUUAGAAAUGAAAGUGGUGGAGUAUUUGAUAUUCAUUCUGAAAGGUCUGGGAGAAAAAUGGAAGUUUAUUGUGAUCUCACUACUCAUGGUGGAGGAUGGACGGUUUUCCAAAGACGUGUUGACGGAAGUCUUAAUUUCAAUAGAAACUGGUUGGAUUAUGUUGCCGGGUUUGGAAAUCUUCAACACGAAUUUUGGUUAGGUCUAGAAAAGCUACAUCGUCUGACAUAUGAAGGGAACUUUGAAUUAAGAAUCGAUUUAGAAGACGGGGAAGGAAGGAAGGGAUAUGCUUCAUACACAAUUUUUUCCAUUGGCGACGCUUCAACAAAAUAUAGACUUAACGUUGGAGGAUAUUAUGGAACAGCAGGAGAUUCUCUUUCUUAUCAUAACGGACUCAAAUUUUCGACACCGGACCAAGAUAACGAUAUUCAUUCAUCUAACUGCGCUGCGGGUCAUAGAGGUGCGUGGUGGUAUCACAGUUGUCACAUAUCCAAUCUUAAUGGAGAAUACGCAGCACCUGUUGGAAAGUACAUUACCAAAGGUAACGCAUAUGGAAUCGAAUGGCAUCGCUGGAAUAAUGCUUACUACUAUUCAAUGAAAUCUGUAGAAAUGAAGUUUCGACCAGCUUAUUGAGAAUACAGUAUGCCUCAUUUAUCAUACUUUACUGAAAUAGAAAUAAAUUUACUGGCCAAUUUUCAAUUUCUACAAUGUGACUAUACGUAAUUUGUUUUUCAUCCUUUUUCACAUACUCCCAUGUAUAUCCUCGCUAUUCUGUUCAUAAUGAGUCAAAUUUCUUGUCCAAUGUUCCCUUACUUUGAUAUCUGAAACGUCAGUGACUACGAUAAGUCAAAAUUGUAUUUCACACUUGUGCUGUGAAUAAGAAGACAACGCAAAUUAAUACACGGCAGAACGCGCUGAAAUUGUAUCAUAAAAUUACCUGUAGAAAUAUCAUGCGUAACAAUACAGUGUAUAUACAACAAACCCAUGAUGACGGUCAAAUGAUAUAAUCGUAAAAUAAAACAUUAUACUUCUCAUUUUUGUGAUUCCGUAUGAGGUGGUGUCCGGUCGUAUUUAUCAUCAGGAAGGGUGCCGAUGCCUAGAGGCUUCAAUCUUCGGGGGCCUUGACAUUUUGUGAACUAUUUCAUUUUCUAGUGCUAGAACAGGAUCAUUUGGUACUUUAGCCACAUCUCUAUAAAUUAUUCAAAAAUGCAAUAUAAUGCAUGCACAAGAGAGCGAUGUACACAAAGGCAAAACAAAGUAGCACGGAAAAUACGGAAUAUGUCACAUAAGACUACCAGUACCGCAGCAUUCACGACUUCGUCUGACCACCAGAUGGCGAACGCGGAAUCGCCGCACCGUGCGAUAUUUUUAUUUUAUUUUCAAUGAUAGGAAUUCCUUAGACAACACAGAAAUUUUUGAAAAAAUUAUAUAAAAAUCAGGCUAAAAAUCUUCAACCACUGAAAAUU